UCAGUCUCAUCCAACCGGAUAGUUUAACGUCAUCUCCAAAUAAUACUGAAUCCACUAUGUAUCUUCAAAGUUUGGGGCUUCAAACUUCAAUCCAUAUGUCGUCUUCAGUUUUUCCAAAUUUUUUAAUGUUGGUAGAAAUAGGUACCUACAUGUACUCGAAUACAUCCCGUAAAUGGCGUCGUUCCUAUUUGAGUCGAUGUCUCGGCUUCACGCUCUAGUGUCCGAUACUCAGCCACGACCGGGCCUCCAUCCAAUACCUGGAAGCCGGCCUCUCACAUUCAGCGCAGCCAUCUUGCCGCCCUUAAUUUAUUAUAUAGCUUUAUUGCUCCUUGCUCCGCCUCCACCUCCAGCCAUUGAUUCAAUUUAUGUCAAAACAAUUCGUAAUAUUCUUGCCUUGACUGCCGGAUUCCUCUUCUUUUGUCUCCCCCUUGCCUACCAUGUCCCCCAGAGCAUCGGACUUACCUACCAGCUCGGCCUCGUCGGCCUUUACGGCGGAUGUAGGGUAAUAGACGCUUUCUUCAUCAGUCCUUAUUUCUUCAAACAUAUUCCACGUCGGGUCAAAUAUGUGCAUAAACCGAGACCCGAACCUCCCGUGUCGGAGGACAUAGCAGCGACGAAAAAAUGGUCAGACGGAGGAGUCGAGGAGCUCCGUCCUCAAAAAGGGAGUACCGCAGUCAAUACCACCCCUGAAUCAGGACAUACCCAGCCCAACAGACGAAGGCGCUCCAGCCUUUCCACCGAAAUUGCGCGCAGGAUGUCCGAUUCGAUCCCCGACGCCGCGCGCACAUCCUACCUCGCAGUCCAGCACACGCUAAGCGGCCCAUCUCCCCUCCCCGUCCUCGAAACCGCAACAACCGAGUCCGGAUGGCCGCAGACGCUCCGCGACCGCGCCUCCUGGGCCCUCGAGCUCGAGCUCAGCAUGCGCGGCGUAGGCUUCACCUGGACCACAGCCGACGUCCGGCACACGCGGAAGACCUGGCUGCCCACCGUGCGCAACCGGGUGCACAGCGUCUUUUUCCACGCUCUGCCCGUCCUGCUGGUGAGUUGGGUUUGCAUUAGAACAGUUUAUGUCCGGUAUCUCGCGUCCCCGAUAACCCUUUCAUCAAGCUCUACUACACCAGGUAACGAUGACGAUGAUGAUGAACUGCACCUCUUCGACGCCGCCUUAUCCAUGCCCCUCCAACUCCUCCUCACAGCAUCCCUAGGUGCCUUCCUCAUGUCCGCUUUCUCCCUAGGCCAUUCCCUCUUCGCCAUCGCGCUGAGCCCCCUCGCGCCUAGUCCGCUGGCCUUCUUCCCGCCGCUGUACAGCACGCGCGUGUGGGAUGUCACGUCCGUGCGUGGCUUCUGGUCGUAUGGCUGGCAUCGCCUGUUCGCGCGGCUGUUCCUCGUGUAUGGUGUCUGGCCUGGGGAAUGGGUUGAGCGGAAACUGUGUGGGAAGGGGGAUGGGGAGCCCGCGGAUGUGGGGAAAGUUGUUGGUGGGUUUUUGGUUAGUGCGGUUGUGCAUGCGUUUUCGGUGAGGGGGGUGCUGGGGGGGGAGUGGAGGGAGGCGGUUGGGGAGGCCUGGUUUUUUGGGUUGAAUGGGGGGGCGGUUGUUUUUGAGGGGGUUGUUAGGGGGGUUGUGAGGAGGAGGAGGAGGGAGAGGGGGGUGGAGGGGAGGGUUUGGUAUGAUGGUUGGAUUGGACGGGGUUGGUGGAUUAUGGUGCUUUUGGGUUUGGGGAGGAAUUUUGCUAGGGGGUGGGUUAAGGCGGGACUGGUUAGGGAGAUUGCGUUUCAGUGAUGGGUUUAUAGGAGGAGUGUUUGGGAUGGGAACUCUAAGGACACGGGUAUGGAUAAGGUUAUGCUGAUAGGUAGGCCUAUAUAGCAGGCUAUGAACCGCUAUAAUUAUAGUGAGUUCCGCGUUACACAGCAAGAAAGGGGCUUAAUAGGUAAUCACGAUUACCAAAAUAGGGGUUUGGCUAUCAAUACUUUCUAUCUUCUAUGGUAAAAGAUAUCAAAACAAAAAAACUGGCUCUAACUAAUGAAACGAGUGUACAAAAACAAAAUCGACCGAAUGUAAAAAUACAAUGACAAGAAAAUCAAACGCUACUCUCUCCGCCCGAUAUACCCCUUUUCAAGAUGAUGGAAUCACUUGCUGUCGGCGGUGGCGUAGACAUAGGUUCUUCCUUCGUAGCCAGGAACCCAGAUGCUACCGCCAGCCCUCACAUCUCCGUUGAUGUUCUUGCCGCAGACGGCCUUGAUCUUGAUGAAUAGAGAGGCGAGAUCCGCACAGGGAAAGCUGCC